UAUUUACAUUAAACCGUUAGUUCUUUGAGCUUGUUUUCGUAUGUUUCGUGUAGCUUCAGAAGUCUAUCAGGAUAACUGGACGCAAAGUGUCCUUUUUUGUCACACCGAAAGCAUGCAAUCUUUGACAUGUCGAACUCUUGAUAGGAUCUUCCUCGUCCUCGUCCUCUUCCAUAGAAAUGACCUCCUCGUCCUGUUUCUAUAGUGUCCAUUUUAUUCUCGAUUCGCCUGACUGUUCUCUGAGUUCGCAUACAUUAGCUUGAUAUGUUCUUUGUGACCAUACUCAUCAUCUUCUCCAAUUUGUUCCUCAUACGUUCUUAAUCUGCCAAUGAUAUCUUCAAAGCUUGUUACCUUAAGAUCAAGGACUUGUUUGAGAGACGCCACAAUGUGUAUGUAUUUCCUUCUAGGAAGGCUCUUGAGGAAUUUCUUGACUAGUUUAGCUUCUUCAAUGUUCUCCCCUAAAGAUGCAGAUUUCCAAGAAAUCUUAGAUAGCUUGCCGACGAAGUCAUCGAUUGUUUUGGUUUCCUUCAUCUUCAAGCGAUCGAAUUCUGCCAUUAGGGUUUGUAAACAAGCUUCUCUAACUCUUUCUGCUCCUAGAUGACAUGCUUUAAUGGCGUCCCAUACUUUCUUUGCGGUUUCUAGUUCUCUGACCUGUAAGAUAAGCGCCUCUGGAAUGGAUUGGAAAAGAAGAGCUAUGGCCAUAUCGUUUUUCUCGUUCUCGGUCGUCUCACUUUCAACGAUCUCACAUACAUUAUGAACUUUGAGAAGAAUCUUCACUCGGCCCAAACUGUAUAGUUUGUUGUAUUUAGCAUCGGACAAUUUAUGGAUGAUGGUCCUUCUUUUGGUUUCGCAGGUACGGUUGUGAUAUCUCUCAUCUUUCUCGGUUUUGAUUUCAGAUUUUGCUCUGAUACCAAUUAUUGUUCAAACUUGUAUGAUAGCUCACAAGAUUAUAAGAAUUAUUUCUUUAUUAGUUUAAUAAAAUUUCUCAAAACUUAAGCUCUCGCAAUAAUUUCUCUCACUUGUAUGUUCAUGUUACAACACAACAUCUUCUUAUAUAGAGAUCUAAAACUCCUAAACUUAAUAGUAAAACUGUUUAUCCUAAUCCUAACAUGAGUAGGAUUAGUAUGACUUGAGGUUCAAACUAUCAUCAAGUUUAUCUCUAACACUUUUCAUAUCUAUUAGUAUGAUUUUACUUUGAACUUUUGUAUUACUCUAGAACUGUUUGCCCACGUGGUUCAAUAAGAAACAUAGCUUUAAAAAAAGAAACAGAGCACGUGGUUUAGGGGCUCAAUGCGAGAAAUUCAGACCAACUAUGCUGUAAUUUAUUGAUGAAACGCAUCGAACUUGGGCUUAUAAUAUAAGAGGCCAGUUUCCAACAGACCACAAUAAUUUAUAGUUAAAAAAAUAAUAUUCGGACCAUCCAAUUAAACAGAGCACGUGGGUUUAUCCAAAACAGUACGUAAUAAGAUGAGUCCUUUCUUAUCCCUCAGUUCGACCGAUGAAAUGAAAUGAAAUGAAUAGUUACAAUUUCGAGAAGCCGAAGAAAGGCGUUUCAGAUUGUUAAGUUAAACCAUGAGAAUCUUGUUAUCUAAAAGGGCAAUCAGAACCUUGACCCCACGUUUUCAAAGACUCUGGUCAACCCACUCUUCCUUCUCAACCUCAGGUUCCGGCGGAUUUUCCGACGAUUCCAAGCCGGAGUCAUGGAAAACGAUGGAUGGUCUUCUCCGAUCCCCCGCCAAUUUCUCUCCUUUAUCUCCGAUCACGUUCUUGGAAAGAUCCGCCAAAGCUUACAGAGACCGAACCAGUGUUGUGUUUGGUUCCGUUGAGCACACUUGGCUCCAAACUUACCACCGUUGUCUCCGUCUUGCAUCUGCGCUUACUCACCUAGGAAUCUCUCCCGGCGACGUGGUUGCAGUUUUGGCGCCGAAUGUUCCAGCGAUGCACGAGCUUCACUUCGCUGUUCCGAUGGCUGGUUUGAUUCUCUGUCCGCUCAACACUCGACUCGAUACUUCUACGUUGUCUGUUUUGCUCCAACACUCAGAGGCGAAAAUCCUCUUCGUUGAUCACCACUUACUCGAGGUUGCUCAUGGAGCUCUUGCUAAAUCAGACAGAACAAGAAAAACACCAAAGCUUGUCUUGAUCUCUCAGUCUAAUGACGAUGACGACGAGGACAGAUCAUCGAGCUUUGAUUCUAACUACUCUUUCGAUUACGAUUACGAAGAUCUGGUUAAAUCCGGAGACAGCGAGUUCGAGGUGAUCAAACCGAGAAACGAAUGGGAUCCGAUCAGUAUAAACUACACUUCGGGGACAACCUCGAGACCUAAAGGUGUAGUGUGGUCUCACAGAGGAGCUUAUCUCAACUCUCUCGCUACGGUUUUUCUUCACCAGAUGCCUGUCUCUCCUGUCUACUUAUGGACGGUACCGAUGUUUCACUGCAACGGGUGGUGUCUCAUUUGGGGAGUAGCGGCUCAAGGCGGUACAAAUAUCUGCCUUAGAAAAGUCUCUCCUAAGCUGAUCUUUAAGAGCAUUGCUACACACAAAGUGACGCACAUGGGAGGUGCCCCAACGGUGCUGAACAUGAUUGUCAGCUCUCCUGUGAGGGAGCGUAGACCGCUCCCUCACAGGGUGGAGAUCAUGACGGGAGGAUCCCCGCCUAUGCCGCAGAUAUUGGCUAAGAUGGAAGAGUUGGGAUUCAAUGUGUCUCAUCUUUACGGCUUGACGGAGACAUACGGUCCAGGGACACACUGCGUGUGGAAGCCUGAAUGGGAUUCGCUUUCGUUGGAAGAGAGAGCUAAGUUAAAGUCUAGACAAGGAGUGCAGCAUUUGGGUUUAGAAGGGCUCGAAGUGAAAGAUCCGGUGACAAUGGAGACUGUACCUAGUGAUGGUGUCACCAUGGGUGAGGUAAUGUUUAGAGGAAACACGGUGAUGAGUGGGUACUUCAAGGACUUAGAGGCAACGCGAAAAGCUUUCGAGGGAGGUUGGUUCCACAGUGGUGACCUCGCUGUUAAGCAUCCGGACGGGUACAUAGAGGUAAAAGAUCGGUUAAAAGAUGUGAUCAUAUCCGGAGGAGAAAACAUAAGCACGGUGGAAGUCGAGAGAGUUUUGUGUAGUCACAAGGCUGUUUUUGAAGCUGCUGUUGUGGCUCGUCCGGAUAAUCACUGGGGACAGACUCCUUGCGGGUUCGUUAAGCUUAAAGAGGGGUUUGAUUGUGUUAAACCCGAGGAGAUUAUUGAGUUUUGUAGAGAUCAUUUGCCUCAUUACAUGGCUCCAAAGACUAUUGUGUUCGGGGACUUACCUAAAACAUCAACAGGGAAAGUACAGAAGUAUCUACUUAGGAAGAGAGCUGAUGAAAUGUGAAGCUUGUAAUGUACGUCAUAAAAAAAACAUAAAAGCUUUGUUUCAUCUCUGGUAUAUAUAUAUAAGAAAAAAGAUCCAAGAAUCGUAAA